AUGCCUUGCCAUCAACUUAACGAAGGCUUCAAAAAUGGCCCGCGUCCUGAAGAAAAGCAACAUGAGUCUCAAACGAAUAUUGGAUUUGGUGUUUCCGCAGAAGUCCGUUUGUCAAACACAUUUAAUUUUCUAACCAACAUAUUUAGACCUGUUCCAAUAAUUCUUGCAAUGCGACUGUCGGUCAAACUAAAAUAUCAGUCACGACUUUGGCAGGAUGCGGAAAGAGUCUUACGGUUUGUCAUUUACUCCAAACUUGAAAAAAAAAAUUUCGAAAAGAGUUAAAAGUCCAGAGAUGUCCCAAAGUAAAUUGAACGCUAAAAAAUAGAAGAAAGAUACUGAUAGAGAUGAAAAAAUAGUUUUUUAUUCAAAAAAAGUUCGAAAUGCAAAAACUCUCAAAAAUUACAUCUUCCAGUAACUCAAAAAAAAUGAAAAAACUCUCACACUUUUAUUUGUGAAUCAAAAUAAAAUUUAAGGUGAUCUCGACGCGAUUGGCUAUGACGUCAGAUGAGCCUCACUCGGAGUCCGACUUCCUCUUGAAUAAUGACAACCGCCAAGAAGCUGGAACAGUUCAGACCACGGUUAGUGAACUUUGGUAAAUAAAGGUUUUUUAAUGUUUAAGGGUCAUUUUGACAAAAUUGUUGCCACUGCGUCUAAGCUCCAUAUUAAGUCUGAAGGUUUGCUCGACGUCCAGAACGAGAAGGAGACCGGUCCAAAGAACACUGUAAGUAGAAACGAUUGCGUCUAACUUUCUAUGGAUAUAUGUUACAAGUCAAUAACUUUCUAUUCAGGCGGAGAGAAAGCGUGUCAGCCGCCCUCCUCACCGCUACAGACGCAAUCGCGCGUUUCCACGACGUAAGAAAACUUAAAAAUUUAAAUUUAACUUACGGUUUUCAGCUCCGACUCCGCACCCUAUUGCAAAAAUUACGAUGAAGAAGUAG